AGAGCAGCAUUCAGAGUUACCGUUCCGUGGGCACGGAUUGCUCAGUUGUUUUUGUUGUAAGAUACAAUGAAGAAGUUCUGUAAAAAUCUUCUGUCUCCAAGGAAAGAAAACUACGAAAAAGCUUAAGAACACGAAAGAGAACAGCUCACUUCUGCAAGAGAAUGUCAACUCUUUCGCCCCAAUCUCAAAGGACAAUAACCCCUAUCGAAAACCCAGACGACACAGGGCCGGCCACUCCGACAAAAAGGAAAGAUAAUUCCUCGAUGAUCGAAGUCCAGAAAUAUGACUUGGCGUCGUCCAAUGAAAGUGAUACCUUCCCUACACGUGACCAGGAUACGACUACCCCAACAAAACAUGACACAGCGUCAUACAGAUCGACCAAAGCUGAUGAACACAACUCACUCCAUGAUAGUCAUAACGAAAACGAAACUCGUGGGCAUGGGUACACAAGAAAUGAUGACGUAAUAUCACUGCAAAACAUCAAUAGCCUCCACACGAAAAGCGAUGUAGAGUUCAUCAAAGCUCACAACGACCAAGACAGCAUUGAAGCAGAUGCCCACCGCAGUGAUGAAGACAACGGGUUUUACAGCGAUGAAAGCAAGACAAAACCCAAAACUUACGAGUCAGAAGAAGACGAUUUUUACGACGAUUCGGGGCAUAAAAACAGUCUUGGGUUUACACCAUUGUACAAAGAACAUCAACUCCAGGCGGAUGGGAGCAGCGAUGGACGUAACGCUAGCAUGGCAAUUAACGAAGAACAAGGCAUUGAUUUUGAUUCGGGUUCAAGAUUUGAUACAGGAGAAAACUUAGACACAAAGCAAAGUUUACAACAAAAUGAAAAAUCCGACAUUCAUAUUGAUUUUGAAGAAGACACCGUUGGAACAAACAACGACGGAAUAUCCACGAGGGAAAAUCUAAAUGAAAACAACACUACCACGACUGAUUACAAGAAGGACCAAGUCGAUAAUCAAAAUAAAGAAGACGUUAGCGGCGAUGUAAGUCAUUACCGCGACAUGACCCCUGAACACAGGAAACAAAAAGACCAAGAAGAUUCUAGAAACUCGGAAUUAUUUCCGUCAACAUUAAGUCUCAAAGCGACAGACAACCAGACAGACAAAGAGCUGCAAGACGGCAUUCAAUCUACAGGAGACAGCCAAAAUGAGCCAAAUAAAAAUUUAGAAUUUGGUACAGAAAACCUGAAUGGUGAGCUAAAUCUGGACGACUCAGUUGAAAGUUCUUAUUUCGCAAUGUUUAAAAAAACCUCGGAGCUGGAAGAUCAGCCAGAUAAAAAAUCUGAAAAACAAAACCAAACACAUGAAAAAUCUUCCAAAAUUUUGGAUAACAACGACAAAACAAGUGGUAAAUCGGGAGAACAGGAAGUGGGCUUAGACGUCAAGAAAACGGUUGUUGCAAAUAGCGAAACAAACAUGAAUAAAAAACCGGAAGAAUCGAAUUCUCGACAUGAUUCAGCAGGUGGCGAUACUAAAAAUGAGAAAUUUCGUCAUUUAGACGACAAAGACGACCGAGAGAAUAAAAAAUAUCUGUAUUAUCUAAACAAUGACGUCAGUGAACCAGACGACCAGAACAUCGACCGAGGAACCCCGGAGAAAUUGUUUAGCCGUACUCACUCCACUCGCGACGACGCCAGACCAGAGAACCUGAUGAUCGACUUGAACACAGAGCACGACUACGACCAGUACAGCAAUCAAAGGGUUCGGUACACCUACGCCCUGAAGCCUGGCACCAGCCCCAGAAAACCCGGCACCCCCGGGUACGGCGAGACCAAGGCCAUCGACCGUCUCAUGCACGGGCCUUACUCCAUCAGCCAGAAGGUCACCCACAAAGUCUCACCCAGGAAACCGGCGCAGGGCAGCAGGAGUAAGCCUCAGGUCGUUAAACACAGCAAGACACAGAAGAAAGAUGGCGGCGAGAAGGGAGCAGGCGAGCUUCAUGAAAAAUCCGGUCGCAACAAAAAGGUUAAAGGUCAGAUUUUGGACCCGGUUUCGAGGAAAGAUGAGAAGGAGGAAAAACAAAAUCUUACGCAAGAUAAAACAUCGACAGGAACAAGAAACGAAAAGAUGGAUGGUGAAUUGUCACAGGCAGAUAAAGACAGUGGUGAAACAUUGCUUCUUAAAGAAGAUAAUACAUCUGGCAACAUCAAUAAUGUUGAAGUGGUUGCUGAGUUAGAAGGUGGACAACAUACAAAAUCAACAGAGCAAGACUUGACACACACAGCACAGGCAAACACUGUGGACGUGCAUACAAAACCCGAUGAAAAACUUAACGCAAAACCCAAUAAAAAACAUGAUGAAAAAGUCGAUGAAAAAAAUGUUGUUGGUUCAAAAGGUACAAGCGCUGUUCAGCAGAAGGGAAUCUUCAAUAUACUGAAAAGAGACACAAAAAAUAAGAAAGUAGACCAAGAACAGAACACACCUAUUGAAAAAACAGACAUUACUAAGAAAGAAGCGGAAGCAACUCUAUCAAACAAAGAAGGGGAGACGAAAAACUCACAACAAGAAAAAGAGACAACGAUAAACAAAGAAAACGGGAUCGCUUUGAAAGUGUUAGCGAGAAGUUUAUCUAAACAGGACGGUGAGGAAACUGUCCCUAAAACAAAUGGAAAUUUGCCCAAUGGUAAUUUAGACUCACCAAGUUUGGUCAGAAUAGAACAAGAAAAGACGAAAAAUGCGACGAAAGGAAAAGAAAAAAGCAAACCACAAAAACAAGCCGAACAGCCGACAACAAAAACAAAACCCGCCGAGAAAAAAUUAGCAAGUGUCAGAAAGUGGUUCGGGGGAAAGACAAGUUCUCCCUCGACUAAGUCAAGCGAGAAAACAGGUUCAAAAUAUGUACCGGCCGCGGCAACGACUACCCCUCCCACCGCCCGGUCUGUGAAUGGAAUCGUCAUCACGACAGAGCAGGAAGAAAAGGCUGGGACUACGGUAGAGAAGGGGACUGACCCCAACUCAAAACCCAAGGAUUCAAAGUCCGAAACCAAGCAAGGGGAGACGGAGGAAACAACGACGUUGACCGUCGUAGACGAGACGACGUCGGACGUCCAGAGCAGCGUCGGCAACGUCGUACUAGCCAACAUCAAACGCAAGCUCAAAGACAAAACCCUCUCCAGCUCCAACACCUCACUUCCGGUUCACGGCCUCUCAAGGUCGCCCUCGCCGGAAACGAGUUUCGGCAGCGCGGGGUCCAAAUUCGGCAAGGCGGCGCACAAGACACAGAGCAUGAGCUCCCUCAAGGUGCCCGGGCUAUCGCCCCGUGAGCAUACGCUGGACGAGGACAACUUCUCCAUGUCCUCCCGCAGAGACUCCGCGCGUCACUCUCUCGACUCGGCGUCCAGGAAGUCCGUCGACUACCGGAUACGGAACGCCACCACGGCCGUGCAGCCGUUCGCGGAGGAAAAGCCCAAAUCAGUUUUGACGAACGACGAGAAUUUCAUCAUGAACGCCAUCCCCUACCUUCCCCUCAGCCUAGCCAUCAUUUGCUUGUUUCUAAAUAUAGUUCUUCCAGGCUCUGGCACGGCGUUGAGUGGCUUGUCUAUACUGUGCUGCGGACAGGCGAGAAUCUCCAACAAAAGUGACCAGAUUUUUACCACGCUGUGUGCCAACUGCAUGGUCGGUUUGGCUCAACUUUUCACCGUCACCUUCAUGCUGGUCGGAUGGUUCUGGUCCAUCGGUUGGGGCAUUCAGAUGGUCUCGCUCUCGGUCCAACAUCGCGAGGAAAUGAAGCAACAGAGAACCAAAGAGUUGCAGGCUCUAGCACUCAGUGCUUUUGGAUCUCCAAAACGUGGGGCUGGUCCGUUUGGAACGUGAGGACCCCUGACCAAAGCAGACCCAGAGCAUACGUAUAACCACGUCAACAACAGCAACCCGUCACCCCCAGUUUAAGAGAACUGUCAUUGAGUAGCCGCCGGAGGUAGAAUCUAUGACGUAGGAGACACAUGACGCCCUAAGUCCAUCACUGACUACAUUUCUCAUCUCACUUCUGCUUCAAAGACCAUAUAUAAUAUUUUGUUAGAUUAUAAUUUAUAACAAAAUGACGAUUUUUUUGUGUAUUUUCAAACGAUGGCUCCUUUGUCGAAACUAUUAUUAACUAUUAUUCU